AUGUUUCGACGCGCCUCUCGCUUGAUGCUUAAGCGCUCCGGUAUUACAUAUGCCGCAGCAGCGAUUACGCCAACAUAUGUAACGCUUCUCUCAGAAGACGAAAAGAUGCUUGUAGACUCAGUCCGUCAGUUUGGCGAGAGGGUUGUGAAACCGCGCACUCGCAAGAUGGACGAAACAGGUGUGAUGGAUACUGAGGUCAUAAAAGCAGCGUUUGAUGCUGGCCUCAUGGGCAUUGAGUCCCCCACAAACCAUGGAGGCGGUGGCAUGUCUUUCUUUUCGAGUAUUCUGGCUAUUGAAGAGCUUGCCCGCGUAGAUCCAUCGGUGUCGGUCUUUGUGGAUGUGCAGAAUACACUUGUGAGUAAUGUGUUUUACCGGUACGCAAACGAGGCCCAAAAGUCAAAGUUUCUGCCCGAUCUCGCGAGCAGGUGUGUGGGGUGUUUUUGUCUUUCCGAGGCCGGAAGCGGCAGUGACGCCUUCGCCCUCAAGACACGUGCUGAAAAGAAAGGCGACCACUGGGUCAUCAACGGGUCGAAAAUGUUUAUCACCAACGGUGGUUUCGCCGACAUUUUUCUCAUCAUGGCGAACGUUGACCCAUCGAAGGGACACAAGGGUAUUACCUGUUUUGUUGUGGACAAGCGGGAGUCGCCGGGCAUCAUGGCCACCAGCGUAGGGUCGAAACUUGGCAUCCGCUGCAGCUCUACAGUGGAGCUAAACUUCAACAACGUUGAGGUACCAGAGGAAAAUGUCAUUGGUGAAGUCGGUAAGGGUUAUAUGAUCGCCAUUGGAGCUCUCAACGAGGGCCGCAUUGGGAUAGGCGCCCAGAUGGUCGGCAUCGCACAGGGUGCGAUGGAUCGCAUCAUGCCAUAUCUCUUCCAGAGGAAACAGUUUGGUACCUACAUUGGGGACUUCCAGGCUCUGCAGAUGCAAUACGCAGAGUGUGCCACCAACGUCUGCGCUGCCCGUCUGAUGGUGUACAAUGCAGCACGCAAGAAGUCCAUGAACGAGACCUUCAUCAUGGACGCCGCCAUGGCGAAGCUGUUCGCGUCGCGGGUGGCGGAGGAGACUGCGAGUAAGGCGAUUGAGUGGGCCGGUGGCAUCGGUUUCAUGAGUGAUUUCGGCCUGGAACGCUUCUACCGCGACGCGAAGAUAGGCGCCAUUUACGAAGGAACAUCAAUUAUUCAGAUGCAAACGAUCGCAAAAAUGAUAAAGAAAGAUUACGAGUAG